CUGGAUGGUCGCAGGUUCGGUGGUGUUCUAACUUCUAAACCCCAAACUACACACAAAGCACAAUCCCGAGUCAAACUUAAAUCGCUCUUCUUCGCCUCCAUUUCGCUCCUAAUUUCUCCACACUUCCCAUUCUCAUUUCCUCGACCCACCCAUCAAAUAAAAUAAAGUAAAAUUAUUAUUAUUAUUAUAUUUUAUUAUUUUUAUUAUCAUUACUGUAAUAGAGUUGGUUCCAUCAAGAGAGAGAAAGAGAAGAAUCAAGAAUGGGGCCAAGUGGUGGUGCCUUGUCAGCGGCGGCGAAGCAAGCGGAGCAACUCAGAAUAGAUGGCAACGCUUACUUCAAGAAAGACCGUUUCGGUGCCGCCAUCGAUGCCUACACAGAGGCAAUUACUUUGUGCCCUAAUGUUCCUGUGUAUUGGACGAACCGUGCUCUCUGCCAUCUUAAGCGCCAUAAUUGGGAGAGAGUGGAAGAAGAUUGUCGGAGAGCGAUUCAGCUUGACAACCAUUCGGUUAAGGCUCACUAUAUGUUGGGACUUGCAUUGCUACAGAAACAAGAACAUACCAAGGGUAUCAGAGAAUUAGAGAAGGCUUUGGAUCUUGGGAGAGGCGCCAAUCCCAAGGGCUAUAUGGUAGAAGAAAUAUGGAGAGAGCUUGCGAGAGCAAAAUACCAAGAGUGGGAACGGACAUCUUCCAAGCGAUCGUGGGAUUUGCAGAGCUUGAAGGAAGCUUGCGAGUCCGCUCUAAAGGAAAAACACUCUCUUGAUAUGUCCCACAUGGAAGGAUUUUUAGAUGAUGCUACCACUUCUCAAUUGGAACAGUUAGAGGCUUUACAAAGAGUCUUCAGUAAAGCUGCAGAGGGUGACACACCUACUGAGGUGCCAGAUUACUUAUGCUGCAGAAUCACACUUGAUAUUUUUCAUGAUCCCGUAAUCACUCCGAGCGGAAUUACAUAUGAGAGGGCAGUGAUUCUUGAUCAUUUGCAGAAGGUUGGUAGAUUUGACCCUGUGACGCGAGAACCACUGGAUCCAUCGCAACUAGUACCGAACUUGGCCAUUAAGGAAGCAGUGCAGGCAUACUUGGACACACAUGGGUGGGCCUACAAGGUUUAAAAAUUUAAGUUGGAAAUUAACAGUUUUAUCUAUUCAACAAACACAUCAGGAUUCUUUGUUUUUUGGUAACUAUGUUUGUGGAUUCCCUGUGGUGCCGUCCAGAAGAUGAACAUCUUGAGACCAUCUUAUUAUGAAUUGUACAUAUGGUCUUGAUUCUCAUAUAAUGUGAAAAUGUAUAUAGUUGUCAGCUUCCUAAUAGUUUCUUGCUGUCUCAUUGUCUCCCUUCCCUUUCUCAAUGGGCUCCAUAUAUCAACUUCCUAGACAUAGCUAGGAUUUGAACCCGGUGCACCUCCUAGCAAGUCAAACAUAGUUGUCACUAAACCAAUCCUUGCGGUGCGUUUAUGUUUAUCCAUUAAAUUCAUCUUUUGCUUUC